AGACAGAAUAUGGCUGACCUGUCAGAAGACCAAUGAGGGAAAGGCCAAAUUUAGCAUAAUCGAUCUUAUUUUUUUACGUCCUUUCUGACCACAGUUGACCGUCGUGGGCAGCUAUUGACCAGAGAUACUCAAGAUGAGCGGGUUGCCGAAGGGAAUAGCAAAUGGCCCAAGCAGAGGUGAACACUUAGACAAAGAUGCUCAGGUUUGGGAGAGACCCUGGACUCUUGAAGAGAUGCGGCAGAGCAGUGCCAACUGGUCCUUGGCAGCCGACUCUGGGCUCUUCCUGUUUCUCCAAGACUUCUCCCAGAGAAUGCUGUCAAAGACACACGAUAUUGAAAAGCAGUUGGACAGUCUGAUCCGUGACACCAAGGCCACAGAUAGCUGCUUGCACUCUGUCUUCAAUGACUUCCUCAUGCUUUCCAAUACACAGUUCAUAGAAAAUAGAGUGUAUGAUGAAGAGGUAGAAGAUGCUAUUCCCAAGGCUGAUGCUUUGGAUAAGCAGCCUGAGGAGAAGACUCGUGAGCAGAAAGAGGCAGAGUUAAUCCCUAAGAUGCAGGAAGCUGUAAACCACGGUCUGAGAGUGCUGGAGUCGGCCUUUGAGCAUCUGGACAUCAAAGCGGGAAACUCUGACUCAGAGGACGAAGAGGUCACAGACAGAGUGGAGGCCAUCCUGGAGCCCAAGGAUCUUUAUGUGGACAGGCCGCUUCCGUAUCUGAUUGGUUCCCAGGCCUUCAUGGAACAAGAGGACGUUGGACUCGGUGACCUCUCAAGCGAUGAAAUGUCAGUCGACAGUGACAGAGACAGCGUCAUUGAGAGUGAAGAUGGCAAAGAAGAAGUUCAUUCAGAUGACGACUUUAAUCAGGAGGAGGAUGAAGGUCACAAUAAUAUCAGGAAGAAGUCAUCCAUGUUGAGUUAUGACGAUGAUGAAGAGGAGGAGGAUGAGGAUUCUGACAUAUUUGGAGAAUCAGACAGGGAUGACGAUGAUGAGGACACAAAGAACACAGGCUCAUCGUCUUUUGCUGAUGAGCUGGCAGCCCGAAUCAAAGGCGAACCAGUCAACAAACCAGAAGGAGAUCGCGCAUCAUUGGCAUCUAAGAAGAAAAGUAAAAGCAGGAAAGAACCAAAGCCUGCAAAGCCACAGGCAGCUGAAGAGGACAGUGAUGACAUGUUUAAGCCACCGAAGAUGGAUGAUGAUGAUGACUUCUCCCCAUUUGGAGGGAAAAGUGGCCUCUUCAGUGGAGGGAGAGGCCUGUUUGACGAUGAUGAUGAGGGCGAUCUUUUCUCUGAGGCGCCAAAACCUCCUGUGUCCGAAGAGAAGAAGGUGCGAAAUGAAAGCACUAAAAGCACAGCUCAAUCUGCAGAGUCUGACAAACCGGGAAAGAAGAUUCCAGCAGGGGCCGUUUCAAUAUUUCCAGAUAACAGCCUGUUCAGUUCAGGGAAUGACUCUGAUUCAGUGGGGAGCAAGGAGAACGGGACUCCAGCCCCUAAGACCAAACAGGUUCCUUCAGGAGCUGGUGUUGGCGGAGGAGGCGGUGGGCUGUUUGAUGAUGAGGAUGAGGAUGAUGAUUUCUUCAGUGAUAAAAGCCUGAAAAAGUCUGACUCAGCUGGACAGCAGAAACCCAAGAAAGCUAUCGACCUUUUCGAUGAAGACGAUGAGGAUGGUGACAUAUUCAGUGAGAAGUACAGUGCACCGGCUCCAGCUCAGAGCAAGAAGGAGGUAGCCGAAGAGCAGGUUAAACAACCUGAGAAAAAGAUGCCGGCAGGCGCCAUCUCCAUGUUUGGACCUGGGACUCAAAGCUUGCUCAGUGAGGGCUUGAAAAAACGCCAGCCGUCUACCAGCGAGGAGUCUGAGAAAUCUGAGGAGAACGGGCCAGCUCCAGAUGCUGUGAAGACUGUUGUCAAGCAGCCUCAGAAACCCCAGACCAGAGGCCUCUUCUCUGAUGAUGAAGACAUACAGGAAUCUCCAACCAUCCCUAAGAGCCACUCUAAGCCUGAACCUACAAGCCAGGGCAAAACCAGCAAGGCUCCUUUGUCAUUAUUUAGUGAUGAGGAAGAAGAGGAUCUGUUUGCAUCUGCAGCUAAAUCUACAGCAAAACCUAAUACAGCUAAAGCCUCCAAACCGCAGCCCAGUAAGACUGUGUCCAGCUCGCUCUUCAGUGAUGAUGAGGAUCAGUGGUUGAGUUCUAAUAGCAGUGCGGGGAAGCCAGAGGUCAAGACCCCAGGGAUGAAGCCCAGUGCCAGUGCUCCCUCCAGUCUCCCCAGUGCCAAAAUAUCUAACAAAAGCAGCCUCUUUGAUAAAGAUGACGGGGAUGAUGAUGACCUGUUUGCUCCAACAACAACGUCAAGUCAGAAGAAGCCUCAAAGAGUCGCUCUUUUGUUUGAAGAUGAGGGUGAUGAUGAAGAUAAAGGAUCCCUCUUUGGCAUCAAACCUGCUGUCAACACAAACACUGCAGCCCCAGCUACUAAGUCAUCCUCCCUGUUUGAGAAACCAGAGGAGGUUGUAGUAUCUAGAACAGCAGCAGAGGACAAGCCUUCAGAGCAGGAGAAGCCAGCAGCAAAGACUCCUGUACCGCUCCCUUCAGCGACCUCGCCAGACAUCAGCGAAAGUAAAAAGAAGCCUGCCGGAGCAGUCAGCCUUUUUGGAGGCAUCAAUGUUCUUGCCAACAAGGAGACAAAGAGCCCGUUGGAUGAAACUGACAAUGACGACAGCCCACCACCAAAUGUCAAGAAGGAGGAGAAGAAGGACGACAAAGUCAAAACGAACACUGUCAGUCUAUUUGAUGAUGAGGAGGAAGAUGAAUCAGACUGGAGUGAUCCGAUAUUCACCCCCAGUAAACCUGCAGCAAGCAAUGCGGUAAAGACUUCAGAGGAGCGAUCACAGGCAAAGAGCACAGGUGUUUUCCAGGACGAGGAGCUGCUGUUCAGUCAGACGCAGCAGAGGGACAAUGACCCAGAUGUUGAUCUGUUUGCCACCUCAGGGAAAGCUGCGAGCUCCAAGCUCAGCUCAGCGAAGCCAGCAUCACAAAGUCUGUUCGCAGAUGACGACGAGGAUGACCUCUUCAGCUCUGUCAAGCCAAAAGCUCCUCCUCCGAAAGUAGCAGAGAAGCCCAGUAAACCCACUGACAAAGCACCUCUAGCAAGUCCAGAACCUGUAUCAGAGAUUCAGAAACCUGCACCAAGCCCUGUAAAACCUAAAGAUUCCUCAUCAAGGAUUGGGAAACUUCAAGCCAAUCUGAUGAUCAACCCUGCCGCGUUGCUCCCUGGAGCUGCCCCCAGUAUGCCAGGGGCCAUAAGUGUACUCCCUGGCAUGGCCCCUAGUUCCUCUUCUGGGGUGUCCAGCUCCAGUCUCAGCCCCAGCCCCGUCACGACUCCUGUAGGAUCCCAGGAAGGAGUGAGCUUUGACUCCCCAUUUCAGGUUACGACACUGCAGAGUGCACACAAGAGCCGUGCCAAAGGUUCUGUACAACGGAGACCCCAGUCCAGAGCAGCGAGGCAGCAAGCAGCCCAAAGAUCUGUGAAGGACAGAGAUGACACCACGGGUGGAGAUGAUACUGGGCCAAACCCCAGUCUGUCUGGUUCAGUCUUACCUCCACCAGAGAAGCCCAGCAAGACGAGCCCCAGUCCGACACUAACUAACUCAGCUGCACCUGCAACCCUGCCCGCCUCCUCACCCUCUCAAUCCUCUCUCCCUGAAAGCACCCCCAGACCCUCUGUACUGACACUGCCAGUAUCCUCAGACGCUGUAAAGAAAGACUCUAGUAAAAGUAACAGCAGCAGUACCAAGGUGCUGCCGUCUCCUGAUGAGGAUGACCUUUUUGGCUCCGACAGUCUGUUCGGGGUUACCUCAGUCACUAAAACAGCCUCCACCAGACAAACUACCAAGACUGCACAACCUCAGGCCAGUAGUGGGGUGGGACUGAAGAAAGACAAAAGCACUCUCCCGUCCAUCUUUGAUGACAACACUGAUGACCUUUUCCAAAAGGUCAAACCAAGGGCAUCUACUAAGAAAGCCAAGCCCUCGUCGUUUUUGGAAGACGAUGACGAUGAUGAGGACAUCUUUGGAGUGAGCAACAGCUCCACUCCCACAUCCACAAGUAGUAAAGAAAUUGGCAGUAGUUUUUCAAAGCAGGACAUCUUCCAGGAUGAAGUAGCCGCUGUGCCUAAAGUUCACAAGAAGCACAAAGAGAAGACCCUUGAUGCCAGCUUGUUCGAUGACAACAUAGACAUUUUUGCUGACCUGACGGACACUUUAAAACCAAAACAGAAGUCCAAGACAAAGGGAGAGACCAAGUCAAUAUUUGAUGAUGACAUGGAUGACAUCUUUUCACCAAGCACAGUAAAACCAGUCACGAAGGCUCCCCAUAAAUCAAAGAAAACCCCACCGUCUCAGGAGACCAGUACGGCAGCGGAUUCAAGCAACAUAUUUGACGAUCCACUUAACGCUUUUGGUGGGAACUGAACUGUUGUUUCUGAGUAGCCAGAUUUGUACAAUUGUGGAUUAAGUCUUUUGUCAUUUGGAUCGCUGAAAGUUUGGAGAUCGGAUACACUGUUGAUAGAGUAUUUAUUCAUAUGAAUUCAUAUAAAUACUGGGGCUUAUUUUUGGCAGAUUAAAAACUCAAAUGACAAUUAUUCCAGCCAUCUUCCGGCAGCACUUCCUGAAUCAUCUCGGCAUCAGAUCAUAUUAUGUAACAGUACUGUUAAUCUUUAUUAUACAUGAUAGCACUUUAUAAGCAUACCAUAUGCUUAGCCUCAAAGCCUGCAGAAAUUAACAGUUAAUUGUUUUGUUUGUUUUGAAGAUGUUUAUCCUUUUGGCUUUUUCAUGUUGAGAUUCCAUGCCUUUGGGUUUGUGCCAUAUCAUGCUUAUGAAAAAUCAAUGUGUUUACUUACUGUCUUAGGCAUUUUGACAAUGUUUUUAUUAAUAAGAAAUUCAUCGAUUUCCUAACUUUGGCUGUGAUGAAAAAGGAAAUUCAUUUUUAAUAACUAAACAGAAACAUAUUUUAUGCUAUCUGAAAUGAGUGUGAUUAUUUCAAGUCUCUUAUUUUCAUGUGCGUCAUGUCCGUCUAAACUCAGAAAUAGAUCAGUGUCUGAUGUGAGAAGGAGGGGAACUUUAGAUCUGUGAUUAUUAACACCGCUUCUGUUUCAUUUUUUGAUGAUUGGGGUUUAGUUUUUUGGCUGAGGUCAGUAUCAUUAAAGUUAAAAAAGGAGGAAGAA